AUGGGAGGCUGGCAUGCCGUAGAAGGGUUUAUCAGCGAAGCUGGGAAGCAUUCGACCUGGGCUGGGAAAUUUUAUAACACUUUUUUCGAUGUUUUCAGGCUGUUAUUUCUUGUUUCGAUUGUCGACAACACUUUCAAAGAUAAAAAACUCAAAUGCGAUACAAAAAUGCCUGGUUGCAAUGAAAUGUGCACGAAUAGAUUCCUUCCCAUCGAUGUCAUCGUUUUCUGGGCCAUUCAGAUCUUCACUGUUUGUCUUCCGACAGUAAUCUACAUGACUUACGUUGUGCACAAGACGAAAGAAAUCAAAGACGCACGUGCGCGAAAGGAAGAAAUUGAAGGAAAAUUACGGGAGAAACGAAAGAUCGAAUUGAAUUUUGAAAAACGAUUUAUCAAGGCUUGCAAGGAUGAGAUUAUUUUGACUGAUGGGCAUAUCGCGGCCGAAACUGAGCAGAUGGAGUUUGUUCUUCAGGAUGUUGAAGAGGAAACGAAACUGCUGGACGAGAACGCGGAAAUCGAGGAGAAAUUGAACAAAGAUGGGAUUAUGGCGACCAAAGCCAUGGACCAGUCCAAUAUGACUCCGCCCAAGCUCUUCCUUGGCUAUUUCUCCAUGGUGUUGUGCAGAACGCUCAUCGAAAUGGCUUUCAUUUCGUUCUACUUCAAGGUGUACAUUUUCGACCUUGUCAUGCCAAAGGUUUACUAUUGCGACGCAACUCCAUGCCUCUCCAUGACGGCCUGUUUCGUCUCUAGACCGAAUGAAAAGACCUACGUUCUUCAUAUCAUGUUCAUUUUGGCUUGCUUCACUCUUGCUUGCUCCAUCUUCGAGCUUCUCAAUCUCGGCCUCUCUGCCCCAGUCAAAGCAUGGAAAAAUCGACACAAGGACAUCACCAAGGACCCCCGAUAUGCUCCAGAAGAACACACUAUCAUCCCAACUUUUGCUGCCUAA